CGCCCUGCAAUCUUUCUUUUUCCGGUCGGCCAUACACCUAAAUGGCCGUGAUUCCAUAGGGGGCUUUGAUAAUCCAUUAUUAUCAGUAAAAGCUGCUACUAAAUCGCCAUGGCGGCGCAAGAACAGAUGACUUUAAAGGGUACCCUUGAGGGCCACGGCAAUUGGGUCACACAGAUUGCCACGAAUCCUCAGUACCCUGACACUAUUUUGUCGGCAUCCCGAGAUAAGCACCUGCUCCUGUGGAAGCUGACACGUAAUGAGACCAACUACGGCAUCCCAUACAAGCAGCUCCAUGGCCACAACCACUUUGUGUCUGAUGUUGUGCUCUCCUCAGAUGGCCAAUUUGCUCUGUCUGCAUCAUGGGAUGGAUCCCUCAGACUCUGGGAUCUUGUCACAUGCAAGACAACACGUCACUUCGUUGGCCACGAGAAGGAUGUCAUGAGUGUUGCUUUCUCUGCUGACAACAGACAGAUUGUCUCUGGUUCACGGGAUAAAACUGUCAAGCUGUGGAACACAUUGGGGGUUUGCAAGUACACCAUUCAGGAGGAUUCACACAAAGACUGGGUGUCUUGUGUUCGUUUCUCUCCCAACUCAACUAACCCGAUCAUUGUGUCCUGUGGCUGGGACAAAACCGUGAAGGUGUGGAAUCUGACUAACUGCAAGCUGAAGACCAACCACUAUGGCCACACCCAGUUCCUGAACACUGUCACCGUGUCUCCUGAUGGCUCACUCUGUGCAUCCGGUGGAAAGGACGGUCAAGCCAUGCUGUGGGACCUGAAUGAGGGCAAACAUCUGUACACCCUGGACGGCGGCGACGUCAUCAAUGCUAUGUGCUUCAGCCCCAACCGCUACUGGCUCUGUGCUGCCACAGGACCCAGCAUCAAGAUCUGGGAUCUUGAAGGCAAGGUGAUCGUGGAUGAGCUGAAGCCAGAAGUGCUGGCCCAGAAGCAGGGACGGGAACCGCCUAACUGCCUUUCCCUGGCCUGGUCUGCUGAUGGCCAGACUCUGUUUGCUGGCUACAGUGACAAUGUCAUCAGAGUGUGGCAAGUGUCAAUGGCCAUGCACUGAAUGACAAAAUGAAAAAUGUCAAUGCUCUCGAACAGGGCACAAUUUCCAGGCUUUGCCUGAAAUAAAAAAAACAUGUGAUGUAA